CUUGUCACCAAACGGCCACAUGUAUGUGGUCCCACCAGCACUGAUGCACAAGACACGUUGCAGUUAACGAUUCUGAACCGGAAGUAGUUGAUUGACUACAGCCGGCGGUUCUUCUAUCAAAUGGAGAAGAGCGCUGCGGCUGUCGGGAGGUUGGUUGUACAAGCGAAGCUAGUUCAUCAUGUCAAAGAAAGGAGCCAAAGGCCACAAGAAAACAAAACCUCCCCCUCCUGGAUCAUUCAAAGAGAUACACAUCGAUGAGGAGGUCAAGAUUUCUGUGAGCCUCUCUUUAGAAAGGUUUCACUUAAGCGAUGAGAAAGAGAUGCAGUUUCCAUCUUCUCUGACAAGUACAGAGAGGGCCUUCAUUCAUCGACUGGCACAGUCCCAAGGUUACAUAUCUAAAAGCACAGGCAAGGGAUCUAGUCGUUUCUUGACGAUAAAGAAGAAGAGUAGCACAUACAACUCUCAACCUACCUACCCACUCCGACUGUGUCACAACUCCUUAACCUUAAUUAGAAAUCUUCUUCAGAGGUAUCCCGCCUCCAACAAAGAAGACAGUCGGUCUGUUGUGCCAGACCAUGAUAACAGCACAGACAAGAGCAAGACAAAUGGGCGUUUAAUCUACAGUAUUCCUCUGGUCCCGCAGCGGAGAAGCCCAUCAGAGUUUGACACUUUCAGAAGUUCACUGCCUGUGCACGAACGACAGGAGGAAAUAACCCAACUGAUCCGAGAGAACAGGGUGGUGCUUGUUUUGGGAGAAACAGGCUCCGGAAAAACUACACAGAUACCCCAGUUUAUCUUAGACGACUGUUGCUGGAGAGGAGUACCAUCUAGAAUUAUAUGUACACAGCCCAGACGUUUAGCUGCGAUUGCUGUGGCAGAGAGAGUUGCUGCUGAACGUGGAGAAAUAGUGGGCCACACAGUCGGAUAUCAUAUCAGGCUAAAAAGCAGAGUGUCUCCAAAGACUCUGCUCACUUUCUGUACUUGUGGAGUUUUCCUUCGAACACUGAUGUUGGGAGAUGCUAGCUUGAGAGAUGUCACGCACGUGAUUGUGGACGAAGUGCAUGAGCGUGAUGGCCUAGCUGACUUCCUGCUCACCAAGAUGCGGGAAGUGCUUCAGAAGUCACCCACGAUCAAACUGAUCCUCUCCAGUGCUGCCCUCGAUGUAGAUCUGUUCCUGAACUACUUUGGCUCCUGCCCCAUUAUCCACUUGAAAGGAAGACAGUUUGUUGUGAACGAGUUUUUCCUCGAGGACAUUCUCAGACUGACUGACUUUGGCAACCGGGACAAAAUGAAGUAUAAGGAAGAGACAGAAAAAGAGGAGCAGAAACGGAAGGUUCUAACAGACUGGUGUAAAGCUGUGGUAACUUCUGUUGAUGAAGAACAGAGCGCUCAAGUUUCUUCCCUGGACCUGCUUGGUGACAGCAAUGACUUGACAACAGGGGACAAUCCAUCUAACAGUCAGGGCAUGAAUGCAGCUGGACAGCAGCUGGUGCCGUGGCUCUAUAGAGAGAUGGAUACCUGCAUUUCCCUCAUUUUCCUCAAGGAAGACCUGGAGGCCUUCACUCAGCUCUUCAACCUCAUUCACUAUGAGAAUGUGGAUGUGGACUACACUCACAGUGAGACAGGAGCUACUGCUCUGAUGGUCACCGCAGGAAGAGGGUUAGUCUCACAAGUGGAGCAGCUGCUCAGCAUGGGGGCCGAUGUUCAUAAGAAAUCUUCAAAUGGAUGGACUGCUAUAGACUUUGCUACCCACUUCCAGCAGACAGAGGCAUUGGAUCUUCUUCAAUCUCAGAUUCUGUUAGGAGAGGCUGCAAGUGUGGAGGAGCCUGUGGUGGUGCAGUGUGACAGUGUGGAGCUCAGUGCAGAAGACCAGGAGACACUGAAGCAGUACCACCACAGUUUUGACGAUGAGCUGGUGGAUGUGGAUCUAAUUAUUGAACUCCUUUACUACAUCUGCAGUACCUCCAGCGAAGGCGCUGUUCUCAUUUUUCUUCCUGGCUACAAUGAGAUAGUGACUCUCAAAGACAGAAUCCUUUAUGACGAUAAAAGGUUCUGCACCAACUGUGAAAAGUACCAGGUGUUCACCCUCCAUUCAGACAUGCAUGCCAUGGACCAGAAGCGAGCCAUGAAGCCUUCUCCACCUGGUGUCAGGAAGCUCAUUCUUUCCACAAACAUUGCUGAGACGAGCAUCACAAUCAAUGAUGUGGUCUUUGUCAUUGAUUCAGGAAAAGUGAAAGAGAAAUCCUUUGAUACCAUUAGCCAUGUAUCGAUGUUGAAGUCAGUUUGGAUCUCAAAAGCAAGUGCUCUGCAGCGGAAAGGAAGGGCUGGCCGCUGCAGACCAGGGGUUUGUUUUCGCCUAUACAGUCGUCUUAGGUUUAACAGCAUGCUGGAGUUCCAGGUUCCCCAGUUGCAACGGAUGGCUCUGCAGGAACUAUGUCUGCAGACCAAAAUGUUGGCACCCUCCCUCUGCUCAAUAGCAGACUUCUUAUCAAAAGCUCCUCAGCCUCCCCCAGUUCACACCAUCAAAACUGCUAUACAGAUGUUGAAGACAAUAGAUGCGCUGGACCAGAAUGAAGAUCUGACUCACCUUGGCUACCAUUUAGCUGAUCUACCUGUGGAACCUCAUCUGGGCAAGAUGGUGCUGUGUGGUGUGGUCCUCAAGUGCUUGGACCCCAUCCUCACCAUCGCCUGUACCCUGGGCUACCGGGACCCCUUUGUUCUACCUGCUCAGGCCUCUCACAAGAGAGCUGCUCUCCUCCGCCGCCUCAGCUUCACCGCCAACACCUACAGUGAUCACAUGGCUCUACUCAGAAUCUUCCAGGCAUGGCAGAAGGCCUGUGCCGAUGGUUGCGAAAGGACUUUUUGUGAGAAGAACUUCUUGUCACAGGCCACAAUGGACAUGAUUCUUGGCAUGAGAACUCAUUUGCUGGGUCAGCUCCGUGCAAUUGGAUUUGUGCGCGCUCAUGGGGGCUGCGAUAUCCGUGAUGUGAACAUGAACUCGGACAACUGGGCGGUAGUGAAGGCUGCGUUGGUGGCCGGCAUGUACCCCAAUCUGGUUUACAUGAACAAGGAGGGAUCUAGACCAUCCACAAACAAGGAAAAAAAGGUUCUCUUUCACCCCACGUCCAUCCUAAGUCACUACCAGCUGAAGAAGAGCACUUCAGGCAAGUUGGACCCCCAGCUUCCCACCGACUGGUUGAUCUACGAUGAGAUGAGCCGAAUCAACAGGGUGGCCAGUGUGCGCUGUUGCUCCUUAGUAACACCCAUCACGAUUGCCAUAUUCGGUGGCUGUGCCAGAACAUUUGCUCCUGCCCUGCAGGAUUCUGCUUCCCAGAAAGAGGCCCCACUGAAUGACAGUGAUAGUGAGGCAGAGGAAGUAGCUGAGUUGAGGAUUGAUGAUUGGCUUGUGUUCCACAUGGACAAAGAGGCUGCUGAACUAGUGUCAGAACUUAAGCGGAGGUGGCACAGCCUAUUCUUAAAACGCAUCCGUUACCCUUCCAAACCCUGGUCCUUACAAGACGAAGCCUUCAUUCACACCGUGGUCAAUGUGCUGUCAGUGCAGGAAGAGCUGGACGGCCUGCUCCAGCCCGUUGGAAUUGGCCAGAGACCACGACCAAUGGCAGCAGAGGAUGACCAGAUCAAGAUGAGAAACCCCAGAAGCAAAUUCCCAUCAACCCCCGACACAUCACAGUACAAGGUGGCAUCUGCCACCAAAGUUCCACAGAAAAGGUACAGUAAUACCUCUGGCAGUCCUUCAUGCAACCAAGGAGCCUCCUUCUCUGGGAAGCAACAUCUAAGGUCCUAUUCUCCACAACUGUCCUUCUCAACAACCCGCUACUUCAUUAUGAAAAGCAGCAAUGCAGGAAACAUAGAGGUUUCUCAGCAGAAAGGGAUCUGGUCCACCACACCCAACAACGAGACCAAACUAGUCAAAGCCUUCCAGAAGAACCACCCCGUCAUUCUCUUCUUCUCUGUUCAAAGUUCUGGACACUUUCAGGGCUAUGCUCGUAUGACAUCAACAGUUACCUGGGACAGUUGCCAUGACUGGGGCUUCACUGGACUCGGAGGGGUCUUCAAGGUUGAAUGGAUCAAAAAAGAGCAUGUUUCUUUCCACUGCACCAAACACAUCCAAAACCAGUGGAACGAUAACAAGAAUGUCCAGAUGAGCAGAGAUGGUCAGGAGUUGGACACCAAUGCAGGCAGGAAGCUGAUGUUUGUUUGGGAUGACAUGGGCAGUAAUCAAUGAAGUUCAACCUCAACAUCAGUCAGAAUUUUUUGCACCAUAACCUGUUUCACUUUGAAUAACUGAGUUAAAAUGUUGGAAUCUGUUUUCGUUCUGUUCCAAACGUUGUAAUGUUUGAAUCCUACGAACUAGACCUGUGCAUCUAAAUGAUCUGCCAUCCCAUCUUAUCCGCUGCUUGAACUCGGAUGAGAAAACAAGUUUUGUGUUCCAGUUCUAUUGAAGAGACAGCUCAAUUUGUGAAUUGUUCGGCGACAUU